GUAUGGAUAAUAUAGAUUUCGAAGAACAUGCUAAAAAUUCCACCCAGACUCUGUCCGUCACGUAGUCUCCGAUUGGUGGUCGUUUUUUUGUUUGAUUUUAAGUGCUGUUUAUGCCGUCAAUUGGUUUGAAUCUGUUGUAAUCAUGUUUGAUAUAAGUGUCUUUACCAAAAACACUCAAUCACUUACGCUCUGGUAAACGCAGCCUGCUGAGCGAGGAAGAAGAUGUUAAACUGGAUUUGAUUUGCAAGUUUUUCUCCUAUUUGGGUUUCUCUAUCUUAAUGGCUACAAGGCCAGUGAAUUCAUCUGGGUGUAACAAUUGCUGCCGGAGCCCGUCUCCGGUCUGGAGACCAUCAAGCUUGUUCUUCCAAUUAGGGCUCAAUCCUAGUCGGGCCACCACAACUCCAACCUCCCAUAAGACCGCCAUGUCCACACGGGCCUGCUCCUCUUCUCCUUCUCCAGAACCACUUCUGGUGAGGGCUGCAAGAAGAGAACGUGUGAGUCGCCCGCCGGCUUGGAUGAUGCGUCAAGCAGGAAGGUACAUGUCUGUUUACAGAAAACUUGCAGAGAAACAUCCGUCUUUCAGAGAGAGGUCAGAGACAACUGAUCUCAUUGUGGAAAUUUCUUUACAGCCUUGGGAAGCGUAUCAUCCCGAUGGAGUUAUCAUCUUCUCUGACAUAUUAACCCCUCUUCCCGCAUUUGGUGUCCAAUUUGACAUUGAAGAGGUGCGGGGCCCAGUGGUUCAUUCUCCCAUACGUUCCGAGGAAGGAUUGAGGGCGUUGCACUCUAUUGAUUUGGAAAAAUUGCGUUUUGUGGGGAACUCCCUAAGGAUUUUGCGGGAAGAGGUUGGGGAGAACGCAGCAGUUUUGGGUUUUGUGGGAGCUCCUUGGACUAUAGCUACUUACAUUGUGGAGGGAGGAACCUCACGCUCCUUUACAACAAUAAAGGGCAUGUCCCAUUCUGCUCCACAUGUGCUUAAAGCUCUUUUGUCUCAUUUGAGCAAGGCAAUUACUGAAUAUAUCAUUUUUCAAGUUGAAUCUGGAGCUCAAUGUGUACAAAUAUUUGAUUCAUGGGGUGGACAAUUACCACCUCAUAUGUGGGACAGUUGGUCAAAACCAUACAUUGAUGAGAUAGUAAGUGUAGUCAAGAGGAAGUGCCCAACCACUCCGCUUGUACUCUACAUUAAUGGAAACGGGGGGCUUGUUGAGAGGAUGAAAGCUACUGGAGUUGAUGUUGUCGGGCUUGACUGGACGGUAGAUAUGGCAGAUGGAAGGAAGCGUUUAGGAAGUGAUGUCAGCAUACAAGGCAAUGUUGAUCCUGCUUCCUUAUUUUUCCCUCUCUCAGCUUUGACCGAUGAAAUCAAGAGGGUUGUAAGGUCUGCCGGAGCCAAGGGUCAUAUUCUAAAUCUAGGGCAUGGGGUGCUGGUUGGCACGCCGGAAGAAGCCGUCUCUCAUUUCUUUGAAGUUGCAAGAAGUUUCAAUUUCGAUUACGCAGCAGCAGCAGCUCAGGCACCUCCCUCUUAGAGGACAUUACUGCAUGUUCUAAAAGUAAGAAGGCUAGUAGCAGGUCGGUGGUAAGUUUCCAAACAUGGGUCUACCACUCGGCCCCUAUAGAGCGCCACCUCACAAUUUUUUCCUUGAUUGUUGCUUUUUUAGAUUUUAAUGAGAAAUGUAGAUGGACUGCUUGAUCUUGAGUGUUAAAACAUAUUCAUGUCAACUUUGGUUGGGUACUUUGGGACGACUGGUGGAUUUGGUCGGUUUUCAAAUACUUUAUUAAAAUCUAUCAAAUUCAUGACUAAA